UCCGGCUGGUUCGUCGUCUCCACUACUACGAGAGGAGCUGAGCAGGUGGGUUCUGCACGAGGGCCGCGCCAGAGUCGAGGAGUGGAUCUCCGGUGAGCUCCACCUCUGAUGGCACGCGGCGGCGGCGGCUACGGGUGGGCGCUCGCGGCGGGCCUCAACGCCGCCCUCGCCGCCAUCUCCGCCAAGUUCUUCGCGCCUCCGCUGGUCAAAUACGGCAUGGUGAUACUUUUCAAUGUGACAAUGUGGGGGUGCUAUGUGAACAGCCUCAAAGCACUGUCGUCCCUCCAAGCAACUGUCACAAAUUUCGCCUCCAACUUCAUCUCGUCAGGUCUUGCAGGGUAUUUUCUUUUUGAAGAACCACUUCCUUCUAAGUCUAGUCGCGGCAUAAAUUCUUCUUCUCGAAAGGUUCUUUCUCACUGUUCAUGAAGGCACAGGAGAUCAUGCUACUCCGAAACGACAAGCUAUUGUCGGAUGCUCCAUCAACAUUACCUCCACAUCUGCUGACCCCUCCAAGGGACAGCAUAAUUUGCUUUUGAUAUCCACGGUAUCUUUUCAUCAGUGUUUAGCAGUUUAGUUGUCCCUUCAUUUCUUAGAGAACCUUAUUAGUGCGCAGUUUGGAUUGUUAAGUGUGUACAUGUUUGGUGAUACUGAUGCCUGAACGGCUGAACCUAUGUUGUCAGUUAUCAGGGCCCUAGCAAAUUACAGCUUGUUCUGCCCUGCUAGCAAGCAACACUAUUAGUAUCUCGGAGGAGAUCUUGCGUGGUCGUGCUAUCAGCCGAUCAAGUGUUGGGAUCAAAUAGGGAUUGGAAUGUGAUCUGUAGAAUAUAUUAAUUCCAAACAUGUCUGAGUUUUUCAUAAAAAAGAAUCAUGUUUGUUGGCUGUUGCAGCAUCCCUAGAGAAGAAAGAGGAGCACAUGCGUCCCAUUUGAGCAUCUUUUUUUUGGGUAGGGUGGGCUCCAAAUGGAUGCAAUAUCGCCAUGGCAAGUAAGCCAUUCCUGUUGACUAGUACUCCAUUUGUACACAAAUUCUGCUAAAAAAUAGUACUAGUAUUCUUCAGACAAACGGAGUAGGACCAUUCAAGACGAUCGAUCAAAUGGCUUUCUGCUGGGCAGAGACAAGAGUUAGCUAUCUUGAUUCCGAGGAUGAGUCGACCCAGGGACCCUUUGCAGUGUCAGGUUUGUUUUUUUGUCCCACUCUCUAGAAGAAGACUGGAAGUGCUCUACUUGAAGCAUCCCAUAGCUGGUGAUAAUGACAAUUACAUAGUAGUAGUGUAUUCGCCUAUCUAAUUUGAUGAACCUGAAGAAACGGACUGAUGGAAAUGGCAGAACAACGAUCUGAAAUCGAGCAAUAGUAACUGGAGUACUAGUA